CAAAGUCCAACGCAAGAUCAACGUGCAGAUUUGUUGUUGAAGAAAACUAUUUUUUAGAACGUUUUCAAGAUGACAGACGUAGCAGAAAUCGAGGACCAAAGCCGAAGAAAUGAACUCGAGGCAGAGAUGUCACGGUUUGAACAAGAAAUAGCAGAACAUCCCAUCUCAAGGCCAGUCAUAGCAACUAACACAUUUAACAUGGCCUCAAAAGCAAUUCAAAAUGCUGUUGUAAUACCAGACACUAAACCUGUACAAGACAUUCGAACCAACAAUCGUAAUUUCACACCAAGACCUCAAGCCGUUCAUCCACGCCCGUUAUUACAGCCUCGACAUUUAGGACCUCCAGUUGUUCGAGGUACAUUUAAUCAAGUUCCACCACACAUGCAAGGUCCAAUCCAACAGCCUGUGCAAGCCCCACCAAAUCAGUUACCCACGCCUCCAAUGGCACCUAGAAUGACCUUACCACAUGGGAUCCCUCCAAUGGUCCCUCAGAUGGUCCCUACCCCAGGAGCUCUUCCGGUUAUGGCCCCUGUUGGUGUACCCAUGGUUCCUGUGCCCAUGCCUGUGGCAUUACCUGGUAUGCCUGUGGCAGGGCCUGUUACUGCCACAGGUAUGCCAAGGAUGACACCUGAAGAACAGAAGGAAUGGGAAUCAACUUAUUCUCAACCUGGGACUGCAGAGGCAAAAGAUAAAAAGAAACCUAAAGAAAAGAAGUUUGUGAGAGUUGCAGGCAGCACAGUCUGGGAGGAUAACUCGUUAGCAGAAUGGGAACAAGAUGACUUUCGAGUGUUUUGUGGUGAUCUUGGCAACGAAGUGACUGAUGAGAUUUUAAGUAGAACAUUCUCAAAAUAUCCAUCUUUACUGAAGGCUAAAGUUGUUCGCGACAAAAAAACAAACAAGAGCAAAGGAUAUGGGUUUCUUAGUUUUAAGGAUCCCAAUGACUUUGUCAAAGCUAUGAGAGAAAUGAAUGGAAAAUAUAUUGGUAAUCGACCAAUCAAACUAAGGAAAAGCACUUGGAAAGAUCGUAAUAUAGAAGUUGUCAAGAAAAAAGCGAAAGAAAAGAAGCGCUUGGGAUAUAGAUAGCAGUUUGUUACUUCAGUGAAUCCUUUAAAAGUCUUACAUUAUUUCAACCCAUCAUGUAAAUGUUUCAAGCAAUUAGGUUGCAGUGUAAGUAAGUUUAUGUAUAUAUAAUGUUAUGUUAAAUAAAGGUGUUUUUCCAAGAUAUCUGUUAAGUAUUAAUUGCAAUUCCUGUCUUUACAGUGGAGUGAAAUUUCAUGGCUUAUGAAAAUGUGAAAUGUCUAAAUCUGUCCUUAUCUGUUUUCCUCCCUGUGCAUUGUGCUUAUUUUAGUUGCAUUCUUAAAAAAAAAAUAGUAAUAGGUCUUUUACAACAAUUGUUGGUCUUGAGGUAUUGUCAUGAUAAAAACAAGAAUUAAACAGGAUGUGGCGAGGAAUUACAGUCAUGAUUUUUAGAAAUCAGGGUCCCAUAUGAUGAGUCUGUUGAGUCCAGGAACCCUGGAUUCAACUAUUGCACUCUACCUUUCACUGGCUUUGUCUGAGGAGAGAACUAUUUCUGUGAUUGGCCCAGGUUCAAUAUACUUUUCACCGUCUUCUCCCAAGGGGAGAAGUAUUUCUGUGAUUGUCCUAGGUUUCAACUCCAGAGGAAAACCAGUAGAAUGUGGUUUAUGUCAUAACAUUCUGAUAAUAACCCCUGGGCUUGUAUCUCUUCAAAAGCAUUGUUUGGUAGGCUUAUAUAAUGAUUGCUUUUUUAGGUGGGGGUGGGGUAGGGAGUUGUUGCUUAUUUCAUUGGAAGAAAUUUUUUUCUCAAAUGUAUUUGCAGUGGAUUUUAACAGUGGAAAUAUGUUGAAAUGGCUUACCUUUUACCAGUACUACACCAAAAUGGCUCCCCUAGAAGUCAAUUCACCAUGCAAGUACACAAGAAAGCACAACUUUAAUGUAUGAAAAUUAUCAGGGUUUUCUGAGAAAGUAGAUUUAUAGAGAAGUUGUAUAUUCUCCAGAAAAAGGUAACUAAUGGUUAUUCAGAGAUAAAAAACAAAACAAAGUUUGGUAGGGAAAAUUACAACUGUCAUACUUCCGUUGUAGUUUUUUGUCUGUGAAACCAUUAAAAUAAAUAUGGCCAAAUUU